GCAGCCAUACUUGAGAAAACGAGUCAAGAGAGAAUCAUUACUAAAGAUGGACUCCUCUGAGAAGCACCACGGGCGGAUCUCCGUCAUCUCCGAUGAGAAAUAUGGGGCUCAUUUCAACAAAGGGUUGGAACUGGAUGUGCUGGAAGACCAGGUAGUUACCUCCGGUGCAAGAGCAGCGGAAGACUUGGAUCAGGUCGUUACGGACGGAGGCUGGGGCUUUCGUCACGUCUUCGGGCUGAUGUCCUUUUCAGCCCUCACCGUCAGCUACAUGAACAGGAACAACAUCAACAUAGCCAUAGUCGCCAUGGUGGCUUCGAACACCUCUGACGUCACGGAUGAGACGGACGUUUGUCCGCUGCGUUCCUCCUCCAAUGAAAGUAGUUCCGAUACUUCGACGGGAGAAUUCGACUGGGACGAAACGACCCAAGGGAUGAUCCUGGGCUGUUUCUUCUACGGGUACACGGUGGGCAACCUGUUUGGAGGUUUCGCCUCCCAGUACUUUGGGGGUAGGGCUAUGCUCGGGGUCAGCAUCUUAUCUGCGGCCCUCCUGAGCCUCUUAUCUCCCGUCUGCGCCAGGACCUCCACCGCUCUCUUCGUGGGUCUGAGAAUCGUGUCCGGUUUCUUUCAGGGACCCCUCUAUCCUGCGAUAUUCACUCUCAUGGCAUCGUGGAUACCUCCCAAGGACAGAGCCAGCUUCAGCUCUAUAGUUUUCGUAGGAAACCACAUGGGCACGGUCAUUUCAAUGUCUUUGGGGGGCGUGAUGUCAGGCUCCGAUUUCAUGGGCGGGUGGCCGUCCGUUUUCUACGUGUUCGGGGUCGUGGCUCUUCUCUGGACAGUAGCCUGGUUCGUCCUCAUACGCGACCAGCCUGAGAAGCACCCUUGGAUAUCAUCGAAGGAGCUGAGAUAUAUAAAGUCUAAUUCACCCACCGUUAAGCCAUCAAAGGCUCUGAAGGUCCCGUGGAAGGAUAUAGCCACGUCGAUGCCCUUCUUGUGCCUGGUUAUCUAUGCCUUUGGGGAUGGGAUAGGAUUCUUCACCAUCCUGACUGAGAUACCCACUUAUCUCAGUAAGAUACAACACUUCGACUUGGCAAGCAACGGUGUUCUUUCUGCUUUACCUUACGUGUGUGUACUCAUAGUCAGCCCUUUGUUUGGAGCCAUCGCAGAUAAGAUAUCCGAGAAGAAAUGGCUCAGUAUCAAGACGACAAGAAAAUUGUUUACGGGAGUAGGUCUUUACUCGUCUUGUAUAUGCCUAAUAGCCAUGUGCUUCGUGGACUGCAACGCAACGUUGGCCGUUGUGCUGCUGUGUCUAGCAGUCAGCAUCAACGGCGCCAAGUACAGCGGGGCUAAUGUGGGUGAACAAGACAUCGCCCCUAACUUCGCCGGAGUGUUGAAAGGAAUGGUAGACACCAUGGGCUCCUUCACUGGGAAUGUCACGCCAUUGGUUGUAGAAGCGAUUACGACUGGCAAUCAAACACUGAGCGCCUGGCGGAUUAUUUUCGGAAUCUCGGCAGUGACUUACUUCAUCGGAGGGUCGGCAUAUUUGCUGUUUGGAACGGACAAAGUGCAGCCAUGGAAUGAGCCCAAAAGGAAAUAGAUACGAUCGGAUAUUUCUUUACCGAUACUGGAAGCAAAAAUACUUUCAUAUGUAGAUAAAUGAUAGACUUUAAUAUAUUAAUAAAUUAUAUUAUUUAAUAUUUAAAAUAAAUUAUAUGUUAAAGUUA